CGAGGAGAUGGCGACUAAGCAGGGUUGGGCUGAUCAGAUCGAGUUCAAGGUCCUGGAUGCGCAGGUGCGUAGCAACUCUCCCUUAUAGAUGGGCAAGGCACACACACAGGCUGACCUCAUCGUGAAAUCCCUUCCACAGGCCACAGGCCUUCCCGAUGCAUCGUACGAUAUCAUCUGCAUGCUUUACGGUCCACACUGCUUGCCCGACCCCAAUGUCGGUCUCAACGAGAUGCAUCGCCUCCUCACUCCCCGCGGGCUGCUGGUCGCCUCCUCGCCUUACGACCUCACGGUCUGGGAUGUGGUGGCUGAAGCGCACGCGGCCACUCUGGAGCAUCGAGAGGGCGGUGCUCCCGCAGAAUACCGUGGGCAGCAUGUCAUCAAGACUACUGGUAUGCUCAAGCCUUGGGUGUCUCUGGAGGCGGUCAAGGAGCGAGUUCACGAGGAGUUGGGGUGGAAGAAGGCGAAUGUGGAGACGCAGCAGGUCAUGACUGUGGUGCCCGACUACGAGGAGCUGGUGAGCUGAUGCUGCCUCAUCUGCCCGAAAGGUAUAUCACCCUCGCUGACCGCCUCUCCUCUCUUCUUGUGCUCCCUCGCAAAAAGUUCGGAGGAUUCUCCUCCAACCCGGGCAUGGCAUUCAUCUAUCGCGGUCUGCAGGACAGCGAGAAGGACAGCAUGUUCGAGGAAAUGAUGAAGGCGUGUC